CUUGCAGUUGUAAAAUAAAUAUUCGGAGAGCACUCUUCUGCCUAAGUUUGAAAAGUUUUCACGGGAAACAUGCAGUAAGUUUGCCCCUCCAGCGCAAACAUUUCCUUUUGCACAGAUUAGAGGUUAUAUAAACAACAUAGGAAGAAAUAAACACGCCAAUCAGAAGCGGCAGAGCUGUUUUUUGAAGUUAAGGUGGACAGCCGUAAUUAUGCGCUCGACACGGCGGGCGGUCAAGAGUCAGGUAACAACGCACGCGUAAAAACGCGCUUCUUACUUGUAAAGUUGUAAUACUCCGAAGAUUAGAUGAUUGACUCUUUUUGCGAAAGUUUGGUGUGUUUGCCACCUAUGUGCACUUAAAGCUCAAUCAGCACGAUCCUCGGGGACACGGAGUUCUUAUAGUUACAUAUUUCAACGGAUCACUAAACGUGAGAUGUUUUCCCAGAAUGUGGCGCUCCGUUUGCGCUGACUAUUGCAAGGACUUUCGUUUGGAUUUCGUUCCCCGGUGCUGCGGAGGAAAUGAGUGAGAGACAUGGGACUGUGUUUGGGAUCCGAAAUGACAGAGGACGCGAAGAAGGCGAAGAUUCACAGCGCGAAAAUAGACCGAGAGCUGUACGAAGAUGCCAAACGCGAGAUGAACGUGGUGAAAAUUCUCAUGCUCGGUGCAGCAGAAAGUGGGAAGAGCACUUUGGUAAAGCAGAUGAAGAUCAUCCACAGUCAUGGCUUCACCAAGCAGGAGCUCUCCAGCUUCAAGCCAGCGGUGCUGGAUAACCUGCUGACCUCCAUGAAGUUUGUCCUGCACGGGAUGGGUGUUCUGCGCAUCAACCUGGCCAGCCCCAAGAACAAAGUUCACGCCCACUCUGUGCUGUCCUGUGGCCGCUGCUUUGAUGAGGACCAGGUGCUGUUCCCCUUCGUGGGCCACGCCCUCUGCUGCCUGUGGGCCGACCAGGGUGUGCGCGCCGCCGCUGCCAGGGGCUACGAGUACGAGCUCAACGACUCCGCCCUGUACUUCUUUGAGAACAUGACUCGGAUCAUCUCCCCAGACUACCUGCCCACUGAGACAGACGUACUGAGAGUGCGACUGCGUACGACCGGUGUCAUCGAGACCCAGUUCAAAGUCAGUCACCUGGUCUUCAGGAUGUACGACGUGGGGGGUCAGCGGACGGAGCGGAGGAAGUGGAUUGGCUGUUUCGAGGACGUGCGAGCCGUGCUGUUUGUGGUGGCGCUCAGUGGUUAUGACAUGACUCUGGUGGAAGACCCUUCAAUGAACCGUCUACAAGAAAGUCUGAAACUCUUCUCCUCAAUCUGCAAUAACGUUUUCUUCAGAAGUACCUCAAUGAUCUUAUUCAUGAACAAAAUUGAUCUGUUUCAAGAGAAGAUUUUACACUCUGGGCGGCACCUGCGAUUGUACCUGCCUCAGUUCAGAGGUGCUGACUGUGACGUGGAUGGCGCCGCCCGCUACAUUGCCAGCAUGUUUGUGGCUCUGAAUGCCACGCCCAGCAAGCUCAUCUACCACCACUUCACCACCGCCACCGACACCUCCAACGUGCAGAUCGUCUUCCAGGUCGUCAUGGACACCAUCAUCAAGGAGAACCUGGAGGCCGUGUCCCUGCUCUGAGGGGUGACGGCGGUCGGGCUCCAUGGGGACACCUUUCCGCUUUUUUGUGUACUUUUUUCUUUUUUAAUGACUUUGUUGAAAUGUGCUGGAAAAGGAUCUGCCUGCCUGUUUUGUUCUGAUAGCUUUCCCUCUGUGACGAGGAUUUCUAUAUUUAUUUAGCAGUAUGCAGCUGUACUCGGCAUAUGGCUCACUUUGAUUUUUUUUAUCAUUAUAGAGCAUCUCAGUUGUAAGCCUCCUUAUGUUCUGUUAGGGGUGACCGGUUCCAGUCUGUGCUGGUUACUUUGAGCUGGUGGAAGCCUGUCCCUCCACUCUGGGCAGCGGGGAGGUUAUGGCCGAGUGAUACAGUCCCAGGCGUUCCACGCCCAUGUCAUCGGCACGAUAGAAAGAACAUUCAUCUUCUCUUUUUUUGUUCAUCAUUUCCCUUCACCACUGAUGCAGAAAGCACAUCACUUCAGCUUUUCACAGAAUCCUGCUUCUCUUAGACACUCAGAUCUCCGUGUGCCGUUGGCUGACCUGGGGUCAGUGUGAUGAGAUGGGGAGUCUGUGGGCUCCGUGGAGCAUGAGGAGCAGGGAUCUGAAAGGUUAUUAAAUGUGGUCUUGGGUGUGGUUCAGCGGCGCGGGUGACCGCUCUAUGCGUUGCUUGACGCGUUCCAGCUCUGGGCAGUUUGCCUUCUGCUCUCCCUGUCGGCGCGCUGAUUUGUGCUUGUAUGUACAGCGCUGCCUUUGCAGUAAUCUCAUCCUCCCUGCCCUUCCCAACAGCCCACCCGAAAAAGACCCUCUGACGUAAAUAUCUCUCCCCCCUGCCUGCCAAACAGAAACUCAAUUCCUUUGUCUCCUCCGUCUGAGAGAUUUUGCUCAAUUUACGAGCAGCAGCACCAUGUAGGAAAUCAAUCUUUGUAACACCUAAAUGCAUUCAUAUGAAAAUAUAAGAACGUUUGCAUCCAUUUAUAAUGACUGCAUUAUACCUCUGUAAAGCUUAACAACACUUCAUUAAGCUUUAAAUAAGCAGUCGUUGAGGUUCAUAGCGGCUUAAGGGAAGUGACGGGGCAUGUUAUGUAGCGUUACAGAGGUCUUACGAAUUGUUGCAUGACAAAGUGUAAUGGUAAAUACUGAGUAAUUAAGAAUUUCCCCUCCACAUUUGUCAGUUGGUCACUUUCUUGCACUUGCAUUCACAAUGAGGGUCCACGGCGCUUUGUCCGUAGCACUGGUAGUGUCCUGGAUACGAUUCUCCCCCGAAUCGCCGUCAGAUGUGGAAACAGAAAGCGGAACAUCUUUCGCCGGGAAAGGUUGGUUCCUCUGCCACCCUCUUUAACACUUUGCCAGUCCAAGCAUCGCAAUACAUUCAACUUUAAUUUACCUUUUGAUUGCAUCCGAUUAUUUGCACAACUGGGACGCGCAUAGUAUCUCUGAGCAGCUCAAAACCCUGUUGUUGGUAUGGGUUCAGUGGCAAACCAAGGAUUAUGUUUGGUUUCAGAAUUGUAGAAAAUUUGCACUCUUAAGGAUAUAAGACUCGUGCGAGGCGUCGAAGUUGUGAUUUUUUUUUCCUUCAAAUAGCCGAGAGCAUGUGAAAGUGCCUUUUUGUGUCA